AACCAAACUUCCUUAAUCUGCAAAGCCGCUCAUACUCAUAUAUACUAGGUAGUUUAUCUACCCACAUGAACAUAAAUAGGUUGUUGUAUAAAAGCUAACCUUGGAGCAUUGCACGAGUUAACGGUUUACAUACUUAUUUUAGGUAUCUAUAUACAUCUCUUCGUUGAAGAAGUCAGGAUUUGAAACUACGAGUUUUAGCUUAACAACGAGAUAGUUGACUGAAGGAAAAAAAAAAAGAAAAAAAGAAAACGAGAAGAAAAUCAUGGCACCUGUAGGCAUAGCGAUUAUCGGCGGAGGCAUCUUCGUCAAGGAGCAGCAUAUUCCCGCCGCUCUAGCCACCCCCCUCCUCUCCAUCAAGGCGAUCUGGUCGCGCUCGCUCAAGACGGCCUCGGACGCCGCGAAGCUGAUCCCGGGCAACACGGGGUCCGUGGACCUGUACGCGACGGACGCCGGCGCGGGCAGGGCAUACUCGGACCUGCUGCAGCGGCCGGACAUCGGGGGUCUGAUCAUCGCGCUGCCGAUCAUGGACCAGGGGGCGUACAUCGAGCAGGCGCUGGCGGCGGGCAAGCACGUGCUGGCGGAGAAGCCGAUCGCCAAGGACGUGGCGUCGGCGCUGAGGCUGGUCGAGUACUACCAGCGGGUGUCGGCCGAGACCAACGCGUCGCUCGCCAUCGCCGAGAACUUCCGCUUCCACGAGAGCUGGCCGUACGCCGCCGCCGAGAUAAAGAAGCUCGGGAAGGUCACGGGCUUCGUCGUGCGCCUGCACUCCAUGAUGGAGAAGACCAGCAAGUGGUACCUGACGCCGUGGCGCACGAACCCAGAGUACCAGGGCGGCUUUCACCUCGAUGGCGGAGUGCACUUCACGGCCGCGUUUCGGAAGAUGCUCGGCAGUGAGAAUACCGUCGAGAGCUUGAUCGCGCAGACCUCCUUGGUCUCGCCCCAUCUAGCCCCGGUGGACUCCAUCAACGCGGUGAUGAAGACCAAGUCCGGGGUGGUGGGGUCGUACAUCGCCUCGGUAGGGACUACGAUGAGGGCUUUCGAGUUCCACAUCGCAUGCGAAGAAGGCGUGGUGAAAGCUGAGUCGGACAAGGUGGUCACGACCCGAGGGAUUGGAGAGCAGGCCGUGACGGAGGAAAAGACGUGGGAGAGGACCAGCGGAGUCAAGGAGGAAGUGAAAGCUUGGGCCGAGUCGAUCCUGUCGGGGAUACCUAAUCCUGCCCAAGCGCCGGAGUUGGCCCUUGCAGACUUGGAGUUGAUGGAGAAGAUGCUGGUGAGCGGAGAACUUGACGGGGCGCGCCAGAAAUUAGAGUAUCAACAUUACGUAUAAGUAGCUGUAGCUGUAGCUGUAGCAGCAGUAUAGGUGAUAUAUCCAUGAUUGUUAUCAUUAUUAUUAUUACAAUUUGCUGGAAU